AACAGUCACGUUUGUUUUUUAGGCGAUCGAGUCGGGCGAUCGGCCCGAUCGGCAGAUCCCAUCCCUAGUGGGCAUCCCGUAUUAGACCCCAGUUUUACUGCAUUCAAGUACCUUAACAUGUCAUUCCUGCGGAAAGGACGUGCACAUAACAUGUUAGAUCUAAGUUCCUGUUCAACACUCCCAUUGAACAUGACAAUCGUGCUUUUCCGGAAAUCUGCGAUAAAAGUUACGGUAAAUCUAUCAUUGACAUUGAUGAUUUAGUUUUCAUUUCCGACAACUUCACAGCUUUUUGUUUUGCUGGUGUCGUUGAAAACUUUGUUUGCAGACAUGAUAGCAUCUCAAAUAUCUGAAGAUCCUGCCGAAAUGGAGAACGCUUCUGAGCCGACAGAAGACUUCGCUUGGGAGGUACCGGAACCGCGUCCACGACUAAACAGGGCAGGCCGAGUAAGAAGAAUGCGUAGACGAAGUAGGCGAGGAGGAGUGGGAGAAGAGGCGUUCAGAGGAGGAGCGGUCAGAGGAGGCCCAAGGGACAGGACAGAAGCCUACGAGGAAGAAGGAGGGGAGGAUUCUGGGAGGCCGGUACUUCGAGGGCAGAGAAGAGGGGAACCUUAUAGGGUGAGAGGACGGUUCUUCCGCGGGCCCAGGAGGGCGUACCCGAGAAGAGACCCUGAUGGCCGAACUCAGAGAGGACUGUGGAGGGGCCCACGGCUCUCACAGACACAGCUGGAGCCUACGCAGCCAAUGAUCAAGGAGUUCGGACAUAAGUUCGACUAUUACGUGAAAGACGACGAGUCUUUCUCCAGGCGGAGACUGACCGUUUGUCGACCCAGCAAAGCUCGUCCUCUGCCUCCUCAUACAGCUCAGACGAUGCCGACGACAGCUUCGAUAAUGGUCCGGGUAACAAAUCUGGGAACUACCUGGCAACACAAUCGUCUGCGUCUGUUCUUCAAAGCGAUGCCACUUUGAAUCUUAGAUUAAAAUUAGAUAAAAAAUAUCAAAGUAAUGCUGACUUGGCAACCCCCUUUUCUGCAUCUGCACGUCAGAGAGAUGCCAGUUUGAAGAUUGGUACGAAAGCUGAUAGAAAUCUAAACCGUAGAUACUGUUUAAAGUCUAUGAAUGCAGGUGCUGAAGGGGGACACCAAAGAGAUGGUCAAAGCAGCACUGAGCUGAGUAGUGCAAGAGUACAGUUUCAAGAACCGAAACCUUUAACACCCUGUGGGUGUGGUUGGGUGGAGGAUCGCGAUUGGCUUGAGUUCAAAGACAAAAUGGAGGCAACUGCCCCAAAAAGAGACACCACUGACAUCGAAUCAAGUGACGAACCAUUUUUUAUCGAUUCCAGAGCGAAGGCCAAAAAUCUUAACCGUUUACAAAGACAAUCUGCACAAUAUUACAGAAGGCGAGGACGAGAGAUUGAACGGUAUUACAGCGAAAAGCUGGCGUCGUUUUCCGGAGACGGUGUGCCUUUUCAUAACUGUCUUGACGUCUCCGGUAAACCAAAAGACUUACUAGAAACGCAAGAUCAAUCCUCUCGUUUCUGUGACAAGCGCAAGCAAACGGUGCUUUCUUCAGACUCACCAAGAUGCUCCAGACGGGUAAGCCACGAGGGAAAUACGUGCAAGGUGACUGUCGUGUUGCCUGCCAGCGGAAGUAACAACUCUCACAACCUGGACCUCAGCUACCAACGUCAGGCUCUGAGACUGGACAAGCUGCUCUCCACAUCGCCUCUGCAGCUGGUGUUUCAAAAGUUUCACUCUUGCCAACAAGUCUCUACAUCACACCAUGAUGGACUUGCAGAUAAUUCUUCGAGCAAGCCCGGCAUUCACAGGACGCCAAAACCUCUUCCAACAAACGAUGACGACAACAACAGCAAAACCGGCAUUCACAAGACGCCAAAAAUGUCUCCAGUUAACAACGACAACAACAGCAACACCGGCAUUCACAGGACGCCAAAAACUCCUCCAACAAACGACGACGGCGACUACAACCGCAGCGCUAAGGUCAAGCCAGACCCCCCUAGUGGGGGAUCUUCGGACAGCUCCGAGUCGUCCAGUAGCUCCAGCUCAGAGGAGAGCAGCUCGGACGACAAGAGCUCGGCUGACAGCCAGAUUCACAUGGACCAGGAGUUCACGGUGGACUUGGCUGUCGCUCAGAUUUUUACACAUCAUAUCGGCACAAACCCCCAGAGAGCUCUACAAGGCACCAACUUCUCUGACGAGUACGGCAUUAUGUUCGAUGACAUGUGGCUGUGCCUGUUGUGUGAGAUCUCAUCUGUGCGCAAACGCCACAUCGGACUUGCCAGGUUGGAGUCUAGCAUGUACCUCAUUCCCUCCUGUCAAGAGGCCAGAUUUCUCAUCAUUAUCAUCUCCAACCCAGCCGAGGAGAGUAUGAUGCUGGAGCGGGCCCACAAGUUUGAAGCUGAGAAAGAACUGGAGAUGUUUGACACAAUUAAAGGAGGACCAGGGUUUUCUUUAAAGGAACUGUUCUAUCCGCCAUUCGCUGGGAUCCGUGCCGAUCUCGCCAGGAGGAUUCCUCAUUACCUGUCGGAUUACUCAGACG